AAAAAAUCACAGCCAUUUCUACUACAUACAAGGGAUGGAGGUAAGCGCAGUUUUUUGUAUUCUUGGAGUAGCAGCAAUCUUUUUAUGGACAAUAUCGAACUGGUUGUGGUUCAAACCAAAGAAGAUAGAAAAGUUUCUAAGAGACCAAGGCCUCAAGGGUAGCUCUUAUAAGUUCCUUCUAGGAGAUCUGAAGGAAAUGGUGCAGAUGUCAACCGAGGCCAAAUCCAAACCCAUGAAUCUAACUCACGAUAUUGCUCCUCGUGUGUCGCCCUUCAUCCAUAAGUCCAUUGCUGCUUAUGGUAAGAGUUGUUUUACUUGGAUGGGAACAAAACCUUUGGUGCACAUAUCUGAACCGACUAUGAUACGAGAGGUCUUUGCUAACUAUCAGCAAUUUCAAAAGCCAAUCGAAGGAAACCCAUUAACAAAGUUGCUAGUCAGAGGAUUAAUCUUGGCCGAAGCUGAUCAAUGGAUUAAACAUAGAAAAAUCAUCAAUCCUGCAUUCCAUGCUGAGAAGCUUAAGCAUAUGGUACCCGCAUUUUAUGUGAGCUGCAGUGAGAUGAUCGACAAAUGGGAGGAAAUGAUUACAAAAGAAAGCUCGUGUGAAAUGGAUGUCUGGCCACAUCUACAUACGUUUUCAAGUGAUGUAAUUUCACGUACAGCAUUUGGUAGCAAUUUUGAGGAAGGAAGAAAGAUUUUUGAACUUCAAAACGAACAAGCGGAGCUGUUUAUAAAGGCUGCACAGUCACUUUACAUUCCUGGAUCAAGAUUUUUGCCCACAAAAGACAACAAGAGGAUGAAAGAGAUUCACCGUGAGGUGACAGCUUCGAUAAAGAACAUUAUUGAUAAACGAUUUGAUGCAAUGAAAGCUGGAGAAACUAGCAAACAUGACCUUCUGGGCAUCCUUUUGGAGUCGAAUUAUAAAGAAAUUAAACAACACGGGAAUAGCAAUUUCGGAUUAAGCAUUGAGGAAGUAAUCGAAGAAUGUAAGCUUUUCUACUUUGCUGGACAAGAGACCACUGGAAAUAUGCUUGUUUGGACUAUGAUUUUAUUGGGUCAACACACGGAUUGGCAGAUACGUGCAAGAGAAGAAGUUUUCAAUAUCUUUCCAGAUAAAAAACCAAACAUUGAUGGGUUGAGUCACCUAAAAGUUAUCAACAUGAUUUUCAAUGAAGUUCUUAGGUUAUAUCCACCUGCAGCAGCCGUAAGACGGGUGACACAUGAUGAAACCAAAUUAGGCGUGUUAAAGGUGACCAAGGGAAAAGGCUCGUAUCUCCCAUUUGGAGGUGGCCCUCGUAUAUGCAUUGGCCAAAAUUUUGCUAUGCUAGAAGCUAAAAUGGCACUUGCAAUGAUUCUUCAACACUUCUCAUUUGAGCUAUCUCCAUCGUACUCGCAUGCCCCACAUACUAUAAUCACUCUACAACCUCAGUUUGGUGCUCACUUGACUUUACACAAACUUUAG